AUGCCUCGUACGGACAAGCAAUCCUCAAAAUCCAGGCAUUCGGGCGAGAGGGGGCAGGAACAAUAUGACAAUGCCCCAGACCAUCACUCUUUCGCCAAGUCCCGCAUGACUCCUGUCGCCUCCGCUACUACCACCCCCGGUAGUAAGACCCCCAAGGCAUCAACCCGCAGAUCCUCCGAGGGCUCCCGUUAUUUGACUGCCAUCGCCAGUAAUCUCCCCGGGGCAAUGGCGUCUCUCAGCCUCACGCCUGCCAGCACAUCUGCCGAUCAAAGUGCGAAAUUCAGCCUACCGCCACCAGAGGAGCUCCCGUGGGACUGGAGGCAUCAGACGGGCAUGUCCUUGGCAAUGGAUGAGCAUGAUGGGGAUGGGGCUAGUGUGAGAAGUUUGUCGUCUUUCUCUGGAGGCUACACGAGUGGGGAAGAAGGGCGGGCGUUUUUUGUGGCUACGGAAGAGCAAGGCAAGGGAGGGCGCAACAAGGCAAAGAAGGUGGUGGCGAGGCGUGCAGAGAGAGAUUGGACGCUACUGAGUAACGAAGGGCAAGACGCUGGUGACUAUCAUGCGCGUUUUCAGGCGGAGGAGGGGAAAGAAGAGCCAGAGUAUAGCCGAGAUGAUGACCUGGAAAGCUCAGCGAUCUUUAGCAGAAGGACGAAGGACGAGAACUGGCAAAAUGGGUUUGCCCGGUCAGGUAGACGCGAGUAUACCAAUCCCGACAGCAGUGGCAGCAAGAGGUAG